GAGCGCGCACGGUCAAGGCUGCUGUUGCAGCCUCGACCGCGCGGUGGGAAGCGAACGAGGAGUUGAAUGCACAGUUGAAACGACUUCGCAGCUGACAGAGCCGAGGACCAGACGAGCCGAAGCCCGGCAGAAGCAUGUCCCAACUUACUCUGUGGAGCCCCGGAGCCCGGUGUGUCUGCUAGCGUCGCAGCUAGCCGUGUCAUGACGGUUGGAGGCAUUUCUCCCACAUCUGGGUGACGAAGCAGCUGCAGCAUUGAGGCAGGAGACGCACCAACACCCUAUCUGCUCUGAGCCGAAUCCAGGGGAGGUUUAAAAUAAAACGAAAGAAAUCGCUUUUUAUCGCGCUGGACUCGUUCGUCCAUUGUGCUGGACCACCAUGGCAGAGAGAACCUCCACCGGGUUGCUGCCGGUGAUGUUGGAGCCCACGCCGGCUGUCGCAAUGACCCUUCCGGCGGAGGUCCGGGAGAAGCUGGCGGAGCUGGAGCUGGAGCUGUCUGAAGGAGACAUCACUCAGAAGGGCUAUGAGAAAAAAAGAAGCAAGCUCUUGGCUCCUUACAUCCCGCAGAUACAAGGUGUAGACCCAUCUCUGCAAAUCGACAACAGAAUCCAGACCUCCUCCCAAGCUGUUCUUCCAGUUUCCAAACACAAUAAGUCACGGGCCAACAAUGCCCGGGAUGAACGCUUCAGAUCCGAUCUGCACACAGAGGCCGUCCAAGCAGCUUUGGCUAAGUACAAAGAGAGGAAGAUGCCCAUGCCCUCCAAGAGACGAUCAGUCUUAGUUCAGUCUUCAGUGGAGGCAUGCACCCCACCAGACACCUCCUCAGCGUCCGAGGACGAGGGCUCACUGCGGCGACAAGGACGUCUCCCCACCUCCACGCCCUACCAGGGCCACAGUCAUCCAGCUGUUGAGCACUGGUUCAACCGCGUCAUCCAGGGUUCAUCCACAUCGUCCUCCGCGUCGUCCACCUCAUCCCACCCAGGAGGGAGGUCCGUCACCAACACCUCUACCCACAUAGGCCUCAACGCCAACGCCACAGCGACCGCACUGGCAGACCUCAUGGCACACACACAGCUUGAUAACCACUCAGCCCCUCCUGACGUGACGGGGCUCUCAGAGCGCUCCUCGAUUCACGUGGAGCGGCCCCACUUGGGCUCGGUGCGAGGCGUUUCCCGCAGCUACAACCACCACACCAGCGUCAUGGAGACCGCAGAUGGCUGUGAGUGGGCAGGUGAAGGAUCCCUCACUUUAAUUGAUGGUGUUCCAGUCAACAGUCGGGUCUCCAACAAAAUCCAGCAGCUGCUCAAUACGCUGAAGAGACCAAAGCGUCCACCGUUACGCGAGUUCUUUGUUGAUGAUUUUGAGGAGCUCCUGGAUGUCCAGCAGCCGGAUCCCAACCAGCCCAGACCAGAAGGCCAGCAGAUGAGUCCCCUGGAAGGAGAGGCUCUAGGGAUUGUCACCAACUGGCCUCCAUCUUUACCAGCAGCCUUACAAAGGUGGGGCACCACUCAUCCAAAGAGCCCCUGUCUGACAUCACUCGACAACGCUGGCAAACCCGUUUACACCCUAACCUACGGUAAGCUGUGGACCCGCAGCCAAAAGCUGGCCUACACUCUGCUGCACAAACUGAGCAGCAGAAACGAGCCGCUGUUGAUGCCUGGAGACAGAGUUGCACUCGUUUUCCCUAACAACGACCCGGUGAUGUUCAUGGUGGCCUUCUACGGCUGCCUCCUGGCAGAGCUGGUGCCGGUGCCCAUAGAAGUACCACUGACCAGAAAGGAUGCAGGGAGUCAGCAGAUUGGCUUUCUGUUGGGCAGCUGUGGUGUCACUCUGGCACUGACCACUGAUGCUUGUCAGAAAGGCCUGCCCAAAGCACAAACAGGGGAAGUGGCCACGUUCAAAGGCUGGCCUCGGUUGCUGUGGUUUGUGACGGAUGGAAAGCAUGUUGUAAAGCCGCCAAAAGACUGGCACCCUCAGAUACGGGAAGCCAGCAACGAUAUAGCUUACAUAGAAUAUAAAACCAGCAAAGAAGGCAGCACCAUGGGAGUCACCGUGUCCCAUUCGGCCAUGUUGGCUCACUGUCAAGCCCUCACACAAGCCUGCGGCUACACAGAAGCUGAGACCAUAACAAACGUCUUGGACUUCAAGCGGGAAGCGGGACUAUGGCAUGGUGUCCUCACUAGUGUCAUGAAUCGGAUGCACGUGAUCAGCAUUCCCUACUCCCUGAUGAAAGUCAACCCCCUGUCCUGGAUUCAGAAGGUUCACAUGUAUAAAGCGCGGGUAGCCGUGGUGAAGUCCAGGGACAUGCACUGGUCUCUGCUGGCCCAGAGAGACCAGAGAGACAUCAGCUUGAGCUCGCUGAGGAUGCUGAUCGUAGCUGAUGGAGCUAACCCCUGGUCCAUAUCCUCCUGCGAUGCCUUCCUCAACGUGUUUCAGUCACGAGGGCUGCGCCCAGAGGUGAUAUGUCCUUGUGCCAGCUCCUCAGAAGCAAUGACUGUCGCCAUCCGCAGACCUCCAGAGAUGGGUGUUCCUCCUCCCGGUAAGGCAGUGCUGUCCAUGAGCGGCCUGAGUCACGGUGUGAUCCGGGUGGACACAGAGGAGAAGCUCUCCGUCCUCACAGUGCAGGACGUGGGACAGGUCAUGUCUGGAGCUCUUAUCUGUGUGGUUCGAGUUGAGGGGACUCCUUAUCUCUGUCAGACAGACGAGGUUGGAGAAAUCUGUGUGAGCUCAGCGAGCAGCGGUUUGGCGUACUACGGCCUCCCGGGCAUGACCAAGAACAUCUUUGAGACUAUUCCAGUGAAGUCAUCCAGGGUUCCUGUGAGCGAUCGACCUUUCACCAGAACCUCACUGCUGGGCUUUGUGGGACCGGACAAUCUUGUGUUUAUUGUUGGGAAGAUGGAAGGGCUCAUGGUCGUCAGUGGGCGGAGACACAAUGCUGAUGAUGUGGUUGCCACGGCGCUGGCUGUGGAACCCAUGAAGUUUGUAUACAGAGGAAGGAUAGCGGUGUUUUCUGUGUCUGUGCUCCGCGAUGAGAGGGUUGUUGUUGUGGCAGAACAAAGGCCGGAUUCCUCUGAGGAGGACAGCUUCCAGUGGAUGAGCCGUGUUCUUCAGGCAAUAGACAGCAUCCACCAGGUUGGGGUCUACUGCCUGGCUCUGGUACCUGCUAACACGCUUCCUAAGACUCCUCUGGGUGGUAUCCACAUAUCUGAGACCAAACAGCGCUUCCUGGAGGGAGCCCUGCAUCCGUGCAACGUCCUCAUGUGUCCUCACACAUGUGUCACUAACCUGCCCAAGCCGAGGCAAAAGCAGCCAGAAGUUGGUCCUGCUUCCAUGAUAGUGGGCAACCUGGUGGCAGGCAAGAGGAUAGCACAAGCCUGUGGGAGGGACCUGGGACAACUAGAGGACAAUGAUCAGGCACGUAAGUUCCUCUACAUACAGGAUGUGCUACAGUGGAGAGCCCAGGCCACUCCGGACCAUCCUCUCUUCCUGGUUCUCAAUGCUAAGGGUACAGUCGCCAGCACAGCUACCUGUUUGCAGCUGCACAAGCGAGCAGAGCGAGUGGCGGCAUCACUGAUGGGACGAUUAAACACUGGAGACCACGUAGCACUCGUCUACCCACCAGGAAUCGACCUGAUUGCAACUUUCUAUGGAUGCCUGUACGCUGGGUGUGUCCCUGUGACCGUCAGACCGCCACACCCACAAAACCUGGCCACCACCCUGCCCACCGUCAAAAUGAUUGUUGAGGUCAGUAAGUCUGUGUGUAUCCUGACAACCCAAGCAAUAAUGAAGCUGCUGAAAUCCAAAGAGGCUACUGCAGCUGUGGACAUCAAGAGCUGGCCCGCAGUCCUGGACACAGAUGACCUCCCCAGGAAGAAGAACUCCCACUUUUAUAAGCCUCCAACCCCUGAGAUGUUGGCUUAUUUGGACUUUAGUGUGUCCACUACUGGUAUCCUAGCAGGGGUCAAAAUGUCUCAUGCUGCCACCGGUGCCUUGUGUCGCUCCAUUAAGCUGCAGUGUGAGCUCUAUCCUUCCCGGCAGAUUGCCAUCUGUUUGGACCCCUACUGUGGCCUGGGCUUGGCUCUCUGGUGCCUUUGCAGUGUGUAUUCAGGCCACCAGUCGAUCCUCGUUCCUCCUCUGGAGUUGGAGAGCAACGUGUCUGUGUGGCUCACAGCUGUCAGCCAGUAUAAAGCACGAGUCACCUUCUGCUCGUAUUCAGUCAUGGAGAUGUGCACCAAGGGCCUCGGGUCACAGACGGAAGCUCUGCGGUUGCGUAAUGUGAACCUGUCGUGCGUGCGUACGUGCAUGGUGGUAGCAGAGGAAAGGCCUCGCAUAGCCCUCACUCAGUCCUUCUCAAAGAUCUUCAAAGACCUGGGCCUUUCACCGCGAGCCGUCAGCACCACCUUCGGCUGCAGGGUGAAUGUAGCAAUCUGUCUGCAACCCAACAGAUUAGGGAAACUUGGUGAGCAGGGAACUUCUGGACCAGAUCCCACAACUGUUUAUGUGGACAUGAGAGCUCUACGACAUGACAGGGUUCGUCUUGUUGAGAGGGGGUCACCUCACAGCCUGCCACUGAUGGAGUCUGGGAAGAUCCUUCCUGGAGUGAAAGUCAUCAUUGCCAAUACCGAGACCAAAGGGCCACUGGGAGACUCCCAUCUAGGAGAGGUCUGGGUGAGCAGCCCUCACAACGCGACAGGCUACUACACGGUUUACGGCGAGGAGGCGCUGCACGCUGACCACUUUAACACCAAGCUCAGCUUCGGGGACACCCAGACAGUCUGGGCAAGAACGGGCUACCUGGGCUUCCUCCGGCGCACUGAGCUGACUGAUGCCAGCGGAGAGCGCCAUGAUGCCCUCUAUGUGGUGGGCUCUCUGGAUGAGACUCUUGAGCUGAGGGGGAUGAGGUAUCACCCCAUCGACAUUGAGACUUCUGUGAUCCGUUCUCAUAAGAGCAUAGCUGAGUGUGCGGUGUUCACUUGGACCAACCUCCUCGUGGUGGUGGUGGAGCUGGAGGGAUCGGAGCAGGAGGCCCUGGACCUCGUUGCCCUGGUGACCAACGUUGUCCUGGAGGAACAUUACCUCAUCGUGGGAGUGGUGGUGGUGGUGGACCCCGGUGUGAUCCCCAUCAACUCCAGAGGGGAGAAGCAGCGGAUGCACCUCAGAGACGGAUUCCUGGCCGACCAGUUGGACCCCAUAUAUGUGGCGUACAACAUGUGACGGUCCAAACCCAACAUGCAUUUUUUUUUCUCGAUACAGGAGAGAACAGCUCUGAGCUCUUCAGUGUCUGUGGGACUUUGACUGAAAGAAAACGAGUUGCUUCCUUUGGAUGAAAAACUUGCUGCAGAUUAAGACUGACACUGAUUUUCUGUGAUUAUUUAGCGAAUAAUAAUUUAAAGGGCAUUUGUUUUUCUUCAGAUGAUUUUGGAUGUAUGAUAUAGUUCCUGUUUUUAAACCAAGAAAACCUGAGCGUAGCACAGCAGGACGUUCGUGGUUUGCGGCGUGCCCAUUAAUGUAAUUUAUUUUCUCAAACUCAAAAAACAACAAAUGUGUCAUAGGAUAGAAACGAUGCCAGUACACAAACCGCGAUUAACACACAUGUUUAUGUUUACAGAACUUACUGUGUUGUUAGAGGUCCUUUACUUUUCAUAGAGAAAAAAAAAAAAAACACCAUACAAGCAGCUUCACCCUGUGCAGGUGAUGAAGUAACAAGGCAGGUUGGUAUUAUUUUUGUUUGUUGUCUUGAUCUGAUGUGAGUGGCUAUGCAGUCUGAGUCAAGCAGAUGCAGAAAGCACACACUUCUCAUUGCCAGCCAUGGAAAACUGUGAACACCUGCGUGACUCACGCCGAGCAUCAACUCCAGGUUGCAGCUGGUAUUGUAUUCAUGUAACUUGGGUUCAAGUGAUGUUAAGGUGACUCCAUCUCAUAUUUUCCUACAUGCUCAUGUCUAACAGAGUCGUCGUUUUAAUCUAAACAUGAAAACUUUAAUUGUGGAACUUGUUGCUUUGGGUGAUUGUGGAAAAAAAAGUGCCGACCAGUCAGAGUCGAGGGGUGGCUGAUUGGUGAUUUCUGUUAGCAGGAAGCUAAAUGAUAUAAACGAGGCCUUGAGUGUUUUUAAGGUGCCUGUUUCUGUUCCAGCUCAGGUUUAUUGGCUGUUGAACAUGUGAGAAUGUUGGUAGGGUGGAGAUGGAUGGUAGGUUCCAUAAAUCCCAGUCUUUAUAGGUGUUGGAAAAGAAAUAUACUUGAUUCAGACAUCAGCCAUUACUAAAAGUCACUCCAUGCAUUAUUUUUAUUAUUGAAUGUGUGUUGUAUAGAGGAAGAUGAAAGAAUUUGCCGUGGGUAUUGCUCCAUAAGGUUGUAGCAUCGUUACCAGUGCCAUAAACACAUCAGAAGCGACUGCUUAAUAUCCUCAUUUCAGCUCGACACUGACUUUGUGACGAUUCUGUACAUUGCUUCUUUUAUUGUGUUCACAUCCCUUCAGAGACGGGCUCCAUCCAGCCUUGUAAGUAUGUACAGAUUUUAUGUAAAUUAUUUUUGAUGAGGAGUAAAUAGGAGUCUCCAAAUAAAAGACAAAUUCUGGUACAUAUGUGAAAUUCUCCCUUCACAUGAAAAAUGACGCGAUUUGUCAUGCAAGACGUGUGAAAUGUGUCAGACAUGUUUUUGUUGCGGCCACCGCACACUUCCUGGAACGGGACGAAGACGGUGUUAGUUUGGUGGCUGCGUCUUCCAGAGCAAAGGUUUUGUGGUAAUGUACAGAAAGAUGCUUUAGUUUGAGAUUCAGCUAGUUGUCUUUAUUUUCAUAACAUGAUUUCGUAAUGAAUAAAGAAAUACUUUUACCCUGAAAA